ACGAAUCAAAAUGUCCAGGAACUCAGGACUCCUUCUGCUGGUGUUCGUGGCGCUCCACGCCGGAGGAAGUGCACGCAGCACCGGGCUGGACUCCAUGACGACCAGGCAGACCAACCCGGGGCGUUUAGCGGAGCUCCUGAGCAAGUCUGACGGCGCGCUGUCCAAACACGAGCGCCACAGAGCCAAGAGGUCCGUCUUCUUACACUCUGGAGUGAGGAUCUGCCCCAAGGAGACCCUGGAACAAGUCCUGGCCAGCCACCAGGCCUACUACCAGCUCAGAGUGUGCCAGGAGGCCGUCUGGGAGGCCUUCCGGAUCUUCCUGGACCGCAUCCCGGGGACGGUGGAGUACCAGCGCUGGGUGGGCGUCUGCCAGGACGAGGCGCUCUGCAUCUCCGACCUCGCCCGCAACUUCAGCGCCUCCGAGGAGCACAUGGACAUGAUCAAGAGGAGGAUGAGCAGACGGCCGGAUGGACGACAAGCAACCCGGGUGAUUCCGACGCCAGCAGCGACCCAGCGGGUUCCCCUGCUCACAGCAGGUCCCCAGGAGGAGUCCAGCCCAGCUCCGACCGAGGCCCCGGAGGUGUUCAGCACCACCAGUAGGGCUGCUCCGGUGGACCCUGCCGGGUCCCCACACCUGACCCAGAGCUGGACCCCACCCAGCCCCCCCCUACAGCCCCAGAGCUUUAUUUCCACCGCACGAGGCCUUAAGCGCCGCCUGCUCCUUGAGGACCUGCACCUUGAGGACCUGCACCUUGAGGACCUGCUCCUUGAGGACCUGCACCUUGAGGACCUGCACCUUGAGGGGUCCAUCCUGAUGAGCAGAGGACACGACUCGGAGCUCCCCAACGUGGUGCCGGAGCGUCUCGUGGAGAGGGAGGUGGGCUUCAGCAUCGACCUGGUGGACCCCGGGUACCGAGAGCUGCACGACCCCGACUCCCCGCAGUACAUCGACCUGGCCCACCACCUCCAGGACCAGAUGCAACACGUUUUCAACAAACUCCCGGGAUUCAAAGACAUCCGUGUGCUGGGAAUCAGAUUGCUCCAUAAACACACGUCAAUAUAUACGCUAUUGCAAUAUAUUUAUAUUACACUCCGUCCGUACGUGCACAUAUUGCUGCUUCUCAAUAAUUUGAAGGCUUUUUAUUUAAAGACUCCUUCUGUCACCGUACUGCUGAGAUGGCAGUGCCUGCACUUCCCUGCUGGCGUUUAUAAAGUCCAAUCUCAUCCUGUUGAUGUUGGUUUGUUGUUGUUAAUAAAGUUUGAUCUCAUCCCAUUGUUGUUGUUAAUAAAGUUUGAUGUCCUCCUGCCGUUGUUCAGCGCGUUGGGGGGCGUGACCGUCCGCUACUCGCUCCUCUUCGAGACCAGCUCACCGCCGGGCGCUGGCGAGGACCCGGAGGAGGCGGGGCCUGUUGCCGGGGAGACGGUGUCCCUGGGAGACGACCCCGGCCUGAGAGCCCUCGUGGCCAGGGCCCUACGGCAGGACGCCUCCCUGCCCAUCGACAUGGACUCACUGCGGUUCACCGCCAAAGACACCAUGCUUCCCGCUCUGACCCCCACCUCCGUAACAGCAGCAGAAGAACCUCAUGAGCCGGACUCCCACAACGACUUGGAAGUUUCCUCCGUUGAGCCGGAGGUGGAUAACCCCGGCCUGGCGGUGGAUAACCCCGGCCUGGCGGUGGAUAACCCCGGCCUGACGGAGGAUAACCCCGGCCUGACGGAGGAUAACCUCGGCCUGACGGAGGAUAACCCCGGCCUGGCGGUGGAUAACCCCGGCCUGGCAGUGGAUAACCCCGGCCUGACGGAGGAUAACCCCGGCCUGGCGGUGGAUAACUCCGGCCUGACGGUGGAUAACUCCGGCCUGACGGAGGAUAACCCCGGCCUGACGGAGGAUAACCUCGGCCUGGCGGAGGAUAACCCCGGCCUGACGGAGGAUAACCUCGGCCUGACGGAGGAUAACCUCGGCCUGGCGGAGGAUAACCUCGGCCUGACGGAGGAUAACCCCGGCCUGACGGAGGAUAACCUCGGCCUGACGGAGGAUAACCUCGGCCUGACGGAGGAUAACCCCGGCCUGACGGAGGAUAACUCCGGCCUGGCGGUGGAUAACCCCAGCCUGGCGGUGGAUAACCCCGGCCUGGCGGUGGAUAACCCCGGCCUGGCGGUGGAUAACCCCGGCCUGGCGGUGUCCCUCUCCCCGGUGGAGGAGGAGAACGCCCUGGUGACCCUCCUCCACCCCACGGACGGAGCUCCGCCCGGGGAUGGAGCUCCACCCGCCGCGGGGGGCCAGGAACAUGACGCCAGCACCGGGGAGCCACCGUCAGACUCCCAGGGACCUACGGAGCUCGAGGUGGAGACGACCAGGGUGGAGGAGGAGCAGGAAGAGGAGGUGCCAAUCAUCACCCACGUGAUCGAGACCAUCCUUCAUGAGGACCCGCCGUCAGCGUCCGCAGGACUGACAGAGUCCGGAGUGGAGACAACCAGGGAGGAGGAGGAGGAGGGGAAGGUGCCAGUUAUCACCCACAUGAUCGAGACCAUCCAUCCCGAGGAGCCGCCGUCUGCCUCCGAAGGACUGACAGUGUCCGAGGUGGAGACAACCAGGGAGGAGGAGGAGGAACAGAAGGAGCAGGAGCAGGAGGAGGAGGUGCCAGUUAACACCCACAUGAUCGAGACCAUCCAUCCCGAGGCGCCGUCGUCAGCCUCCGAAGGACCUAAAGAGCCCGAGGUGGAGACCACCCGGGAAGAGGAGGUGCAGGAGGAGGAGGAGGAGGAGGAGGAGGAGGUGCCGAUCAUCACCCACGUGAUCGAGACCAUCCGUCACGAGGAGCCGCCGUCAGCCUCCGAAGGACUGACAGAAACCGAGUUUGUGACCAUCAGGUUUGAGGAGGAGGAGAAGGAGGAGGAAGAAGAGGAGGUGCCGAUCAUCACCCACAUGAUCGAGACCAUUCAUCGGGAGGGGACCGGUGAGCUGGUGAGGGACUACGUCCACACGCCCCCCACCGUGAUCCUGCAGCUGGGGACAUCCCCUCCUGACGACGGGGACCAAUCUCCCAACAUGAUCCCGGAGGAAGACCUCCUCCCGGUGGUGGAAGACCUCCUCCCGGGGUUGGAAGACCUCCUCCCGGUGGUGGAAGACCUCCUCCCGGUGGAGAACGCUGCAGAAAACCCAGGAUUGGAAGGGUUCCAACCCACCUUCGGGACCGUCCUAACCACGGAGAGCCCGGGGGAGUCUGACGUGGGACUCCCCGUCACGACGUUGGCCGCCAUGACGGGUCAGCCUCCCACGGAGGCGAUAGCAGGGCUUCUGGAAGACGAGGAGCUCAACGCUCUCCCAUACGAGGAGGAGAGAACCGAGCUCAUCACUCCUGAACCGGAGGCCCGGGGCGACGCCUUCGGGGCGGAGGACGAGGCUAAAGUACCGGAGCAACCGGUGGAGGACGCAAAGGAAGUGUUGACAGAAUCAGCCGAGGAUGUUGUGGAACUUUCUGAGCCCGAGGAAGUGGUGGUCGAGGUCCCCAAGAUCCCAGAACCUGCUGAAGUAGAACUAGAACAAGAAAGCCCUUCAGAACCGGAGGACGAUUCGCUCAAUGCUUUAGAACCUCAAGAUGAGGCUCUUGGAGCUGCAGCGCCAGAGGAGGACUUGGUAGCCAAAGAACCAGCGGGUGAGGCUGUUGUGCAGUUAGAGGCUGAGACAGUAACUGAUUCCCCAGAAGAGGAGGUGGUUGUUGAGGUAGAGAGUGAGAAGGAGGUGGAGGUUAUGGAGGUAGAGAAGGUUACUGAAGCACCAGUUGGUGGUGUGGUGUUAGAGAAUGAAGUAGUUGAAGAACCAGUAGAGGACGUAGUUGGAGGGAUGGAGUUGGAGAAUGAGUUAGUCGAGGAACCACCAGAGGAAGCGUUAGAUUUACAGAUCGAGGAACAAGAAAGGGAGAAGGUUGAGCAACCAGAAGAUGUGGUCGUAGAGGUUGAUGAGUUAGAGGCUGAAAAGGAGCCAGAGGGGUUGGAAGAUGGGAUUGUUAGAGCAGUAGAUUUAGAGAAGGAGAGCUUAGUUGAAGCAGUUGGAAACGUUUCAGUUGAGUCUGAGAAAAAGGAACAAGAAUCAGAAGAGGAGAUAGUUGUAGAGGUGGUUGAGGAGAACACGGGGCACCCAGAUCAACAGGAAGAAGUAGGAAUAGUACAGGAAGUGCCUUCAGAACUGGAGGGCGGUCUGGUCAACGCUGUAGAACCCCCAGAUGAGACAGUGUUGGAGUUAGACAAUGAGACUCUAACUGAAGCACCAAAAGAGGAUCCAGUUGAAGACCCGACACCAGAAGUGGAAGUUGAGGCUCCACAGCCAGGAAAGGAGUUGUCCGAGACAGAAGCAGAAGAAGUAGACAAAGAGGAGGCCACAAAAGCUCCAGAACCCAGUAUAAUGGCAGAGAUUUCAGAACCAACUCCAGAACCAGAACUAGACAACAGUUUAACUGAGGAACGAAAUGACGACGGUGAAGGGGAAUCAGAGGUAUUGGAAUCAGAACCCGAAGCUGAGUCCAAACCAGACGGAUUUAGUGUAGUAGAGGUUUUGGAACCGGAGGAUGAUGCUUCUAAACCCGCCACACCUGAGGACGAGUCUGCAAACCUCCUGGAGCCUGAGGCACAGCCAGACCCAGGGAUGGACCUGUCUGCACCGGCAGAAACACAUGAAGACGAGAUUGAGGAAGUGGUGGACCCGGAACCAGACAGAACGCCUGAGGGGGUGGCUGUCGUCGAGGAGGAGGUUUCACAGGUAGAACCCGAUCCACUGGGAGCUGGCGUUGUGGACCCUAAACCAGACACACCAGACCCUGCAGGAGCGGAGGAGGCUGUGGAGGUUCUAGAACCAAAAGCCGAAGCAGCGGACAUUACUGAACCAACCGCGCAAACCAUUAAAAUCCUGGAGCGCUUGGAGGACGAGGAGGACUUUUACUUUGUAGGACGUGCUGUUGAGGUGGUGGACGAUUCCAACUUCCUUCAGCCCUCAGACUACAACCAACCGUCCAGGGGGGAUAGCCUUCCAAUAACUACGGACGGAUAUGACCAUCCAAUCAUUGAGGACAUCUAUGUUGACCGGGGCGUCGACCCCAGUGUUGAGGAGGAGGAAGAAGUCAGCCAAUCAGAAACAGGCGUUGAGUCGGAGCAAAUGGCAGGUGGAACAGGGGAGAUGGCGGUGUCUGCGGGCUCCUCAGAGACCGGGGGAGAUGGAGCUGAAGGGGGCUCACCCAGAGAGGCGGAGCAAACGCCCUCAGAAGAACAGAGUGGUGUGACGGCUGACCCCCUCCCGGACCCCCUCCCUGCUGACACAGAACCAGCGCUUCCCACCGCGGCCCCCCUGGGUCUGUCUGGGGCGGAGGCGGCGCCUACGUCAGCCUCGGAGGAGGAGGCGGAGGAGAUGAAGGAGGCGGACGAGAUGAAGGAGGCGGAGGCGGUUCCUACGUCAGCCUCAGAGGAGGAGGUGGCGGAGCCUGCUGUGGUCCUCAUGGAGGAGGAGCUAGAGGAGAGGGAGGAGGAGCUAGAGGAGAGGGUGGAGGACCUGGGGGGUGGAGGCCCCACCAGCGCACCGGCCGUCGGAAGAUGGAAGAUGGAAGACGUGUCAGACGACGUGAAAGAUCUGCCGGUUGAGCUCGACCAAUCGGACGCGCUGAGCCCAGAGUCAGCUGACCCGCAGAGUGAGGGGAGUGGCUUGGGGUUCCUGGAUUCCAGCACCACGGUGGCUCCGCCCAUGCAGAGAUACCUGACCACGCCCACCACGACCACAGCCAGUCAGGGCCGGGAGCUGGUGGUGUUCUUCAGCAUGCGGGUCACCAACAUGAAGUUCUCUGAGGACCUCUUCAACAAGACGUCUUCAGAGUACCGCUCCCUGGAGAGCAGCUUCAUGGACAUGCUCCUCCCCUACCUGCAGUCCAACCUGACGGGCUUCCGGCAGCUGGAGAUCCUGAACUUCCGGAAGGGCAGCGUGGUGGUGAACAGCCGGAUGAAGUUCCGGCGCUCCGUGCCCUACAACGUCACAGAGGCCGUGACCUGCCUCCUGGAGGAGUUCUGCUCCUCCAAGAACCACCUCCACUUCCACAUCGACAGCCACUCGCUGGACGUGGAACCAGCGGACCAGGCGGACCCCUGUAAGUUCCUGGCCUGUGAUAGGCUGUCGCGCUGCGCGGUGCGGCGGCCGGGCGGGGAGGCGGAGUGUGUGUGUCAGCCCGGCUACGUCUCAUUGGACGGCCUGCCCUGCCAGAGCGUGUGUCUCGUCCAAUCGGAUCGCUGCCCCGCGGGGAGCCGCUGUGAGGUCAUACCGGGACGGGGAGCGGUGUGCAGGAGGGAGGCUGGAGGCCGUGCACUCAGCGGAGUGACCGGCUAGGAGGACAGGACCCGGGACCAUCACAGCACCAGGUCUGAUGGAACGACGGCCAGCCAACAAUGAUCUCAUCUCAUCCCCUCCACCCCGUCCUCCUCCUCCUCCUCCCCAUCCUCCUCCUCCACCCCAUCCUCCUCCUCCACCCCUCUC